GUUCGUGGUGGUGUUUGGGAGGAAAAGCUGUUGAGACUCAGAGAUGGCGUUGCAGAGCACGGGAGAAGCCAUGGCUUGGACUGCGAGGAUGCAGGAAGAGCGAGCGAGAAGAGUUGUUCAGUCCAUGGCAGUCUCCAGGGCAUGGCGUUGUAGGCAGGGAGAGUAGGUACAGGUUCGGUUUUCGAUACCUCCGCAAUGCGUUGUGGGGCCCAGGGAGACGCUAUUGAAGCAUUCCAUGGCGCGCCCGUUGAGUUGGUGUCUUUUGCGGCGAUACCUACUCGGAUGGGUGAGAGGAUUUAGGUAGGAGUCACUUUUUCUGGGGUUUUGGCAGCGCGAGCGCGGUGGAUUCAUUUCGAGCUGCGUUGCAAUUAGCAAUGAGUCAGUUCGUGGGGGUGAUUCAUAUGUGUCCUCAGUGGGUUGCGCGAUCAGUUGAGUCGUGCCGACAGCCAGGACGGGAAUUGGGCCUCGAUGUGCUCUCAAAUUUUGCAAAAUCGGAGUAGCGAAUUGGGUUCCGGGUAGCUGUUUAUCCUUCUCAGGCUGCCGAUGGGAGAUACUUUCAGCAUGGGAAAAUCUACAUCUCCGUACAAUGGCAUGUUCCCUUCACAUAUUUCUCCUGUACGGAAGAGGGACCGGUACUACUGGCCUAUCUUUACCCUCGCAGCUGUUGUGGCAAAUGUCAUUAUUUUCAUUAUCGUUAUGUAUGACAACAAUUGCCCAGCGAACAUCAUACCCCCGGACAGAUGUGUGUUGGGCUCGUUUAGAAGGAUGUCAUUUCAGCCAUGGAAUCAGAACCCUUUACUGGGACCUUCAUCUGCAACCCUCCAAAGAAUGGGCGGCCUGAUGACAUUUCUUGUUGUAGACCAACAACAAGGGUGGCGGCUGAUGUCGUGUGUAUGGCUUCAUGCUGGAGUAUUCCACCUCGUCAUUAACAUGACCGCCCUCCUGAUAUUUGGUAUCCAACUUGAGAAAGAGUUCGGCAUCAUCAGAGUUGGUCUGCUGUAUCUUAUUUCUGGCCUUGGUGGCGGUUUACUCAGCACUUUGUUCAACUCUCACGCUAUCUCUGUCGGCGCGUCGGGGGCCCUCUUCGGCCUCGCUGGAGCAACACUUGCGGAGCUCAUCACCAAUUGGUCACACUUCCAUAACCGGUGCUCUUUGACUUGGCAGCUCAUCAUUGUGGCAGCCGUGAAUUUUUCGAUUGGCCUUAUGCCUCGUGUAGACAAUUUUGCACACAUUGGAGGCUUCAUUACUGGGCUUCUGUUAGGGUUUGUUUUAUUGAUGAAGGAGCAAUACGGCUACGUCUGGCAGCGUGACCUUGUUGACCCCAACAUAGAGCGCCCUAUGAAACGCCGAUUUAAGGUCUACCAGAUUGUCCUCUUCGUCGCAUCCAUUCUCCUUUUGAUAACUGGUUUUAUUGCGGGUUUUAUCGCGCUCUACAACAAUGUUGACAUCAACGAAAUAUGCAGAUGGUGUCGACGCAUCAACUGUGUCCCCAGCCCUCGCUGGAGCUGCAACAGUACUUCAGGGUAGAUUUGCUUUGAAGGUGCGGAAAGCUGUGGACUCUUAAUUCUACUCGCAAUCAUGUUAGGGAGGGCUUUGGCAAUUCUGACAGGGCUGGUCGUCUUUUCCCGUCGCAUUGUUAUCUGGAAUAGUCACGUCGACGAAGAGGCACUAGAGAGUUGCAAUUGGACGUACUGCUCGAUCACACCAUUUUCUAGACAUGCGAUUUGUGACUGUCUUGCGAUGGAAGAGGUGAACGUUCAUUCUCAGAGGGUGAGCACUUGAAGCAUCCUUCAUAUCAUUUAAAAUGUGGAGAACAGACAGGAAGGGACCGUUGACUCCCUUCGGUGAGACUGGCAAAGCAAAGACUUGUUCUUCUGCGGGCUGCUUCUCAAUGACAGUCAACUGUUUCUAGUCCCUGAUAGUGUUCGCAUGAGAAGCUGACAACGAUUUUAUCUGCUCAAAACGUUCGAAGCACAAUUGUUACAAAGCGGGAUCCUUGAAUGAUAUACGGUUGACACGGCCCUGAAGGGUCUGUUGCCUCGAGUGGGAGUAAUGGUCUUGACUGAAAUGUUGGAACCAAUUCUAGAUCAGCAGAAGAGAUCUUUUCUGCGUAAACAACUGCAUAGUUAUUAUUAAUGCCAGGUUUCGAUUAUCAACUUUAUUCUGUUUUUGACGUGACCUCUCAUGAGAAUAGUUGGCAACGUAAUGUGCUUUUUGUCCCA